AUGGUCUAUACUCGUGCUCAAAAACGCUCACUUGACACACCAGAACAACCAACAAGCAAGCGCAAAUCCACCACAAAAAACAAAAAUUUCCCUAGUCUUUUCGAACCGCCUAAAAUUCUCAUUGACUCGACAGAUCUCUCGAAAAACGCGGAAAUUAAUAAUUUGCUUCUUGAAAAGGCAAAUAUAAAUAAUGUGCAACAACUAGAGAGGUACUUUCGUGUAGAGAAGUAUGGAAAAGGUGAUGUGUUUCUGGGUGCCAAAGUACCAGAUAUUAGGAAAAUAUCAACUUUAGUUGGAGAGUUGAACUUUAAUCUAUUACGUGAACUUUUGCAAAGCUCAGUCCACGAGAAAAGGUUACUGGCCUUGGUAAAUUUGGUGAAGCAAUAUCAAAAAAGUCAUAUGGAUCCUAAUCUCGAUAUAAUUAACAAGGACAAUAUAUUCAAGUUCUAUAUGGAGAUGAGAGAAGGAAUUGAUAAUUGGGAUUUGGUUGAUACCUCUGCUAGUCAAAUAGUGGGUGUUCAUCUUUACCAUGAGAGCGAGGAUUUUAAAAAUCAAUGGAUCUAUGAAACCUUGGCAGCAUCACCUCGAUUAUGGGAUCGGCGAAUAGCAAUAGUGGCGACACGUUACUUUGUAAAACAAAAGAAAUUUAACGACACUUUAAAACUGGCAGAGAUGUUUAUUGAAGAUUCAGAGGAACUUGUACAUAAAGCAACCGGCUGGGUUCUAAGAGAGUAUGGAGACCAGAGCAUUUCAGGAUUGUAUCAGUUUUUAAGUAAAAAUGCUGCAUAUAUGCCUAGAGUUAUGUUUGAUCAGUGUGUUCGAAAUAUUCCGGUAACAAUGAAAUCAGAGUAUCGCAAAUUGCGUAUUAAAAAAUCUAAUAAGGAAACAGUACCAUGA